AUGCUCUCCUUCUGCCCCUACUGCAGCAAUAUGCUCCUCAUCUCUCAAGGUGAAGACAACUGCAACAAGCUAUACUGUCCCACAUGUCCGUACGAGUUCCGUGUGCAGGGAUUCCAGAUGUACGACCGUAAGGUUCUUCCGAGAAAAGAGGUGGAUGACGUUUUGGGAGGAGAUGGCGCUUGGGAUAAUGUGGACCAGACAGCCACGCAGUGUCCUGUGGAUUCGUGUGGAAACGACAAGGCCUACUUUUUCCAGCUCCAGAUUCGGUCUGCGGACGAGCCCAUGACUACGUUUUACAAGUGUACGAUGUGUCUGCAUCAGUGGAGAGAGAACUAA